AUGUCACUAUCGACACUCAAUCUAGAUAUUUAUUCAACUUUCCCUUACUUAGAUGAUUUAAGUCUAGAUAACUUAUAUCAAGACGAAUUGUAUCAAGAUGAAUUAUGUUCAGAAGACUUACCUCCGGAUCCGGAUAACGCUAGCAGUAAGACUUCUGCAAAUAUCUAUUGUAUGGAAAUAUUGCAAAAAAGUAAAAAAUUAGCCAAUA